AUGGCGUCAGAAAACCCUAGUUCCACCCCAAAAACCCCAUUGUACCCGAAAAUCGAUACACAUCCGACCCCUUCAGCACCUCCACUGCCUUCAUCGUCAGACCCUAAUCAACCAUCAUCAUCAUCGCUUUACCCAAGCGUCGACAUGAAAGAGCUGCCCGAGAAUCUAUUUCCAGACUCUCCACAUAAACCAAAUUCGCCAUAUUCUCCGUCCCCCCCACCUGAUUCAGUUGAAGAAGUUAUCCUUUCUGUUCCAGGCGCGAUCCUACAUUUGAUCGAUAAGAAAGACAGCGUGGAACUCGCAUGUGGAGAUUUCUCGGUGAUGCAACUACGACAAGGUAACAAUGUGGUUGCCAUUCUCGCGCGUGUUGGUGAUGAAAUCCAAUGGCCCUUGGCGAGAGACGAGGCUUGCGUUAAGUUAGAUCAUUCUCAUUAUUUUUUCUCGAUGCGGGCUCCUAAGGAGGAUGAAAAGGAUGAUGAUAUGUUGAAUUAUGGAUUGACGUUUGCUUCGAAAGGGCAAGAUAAGGUGUUGAAAGAAUUGGACGAGUUGUUGGAGAAAUGCAGUAGUUUUUCUGUGCAGAAAGUGGACGAGAAGAAUGGUCCUUUGGAUGCUACAAUGGCGAACGAGAUGGAUCCGUCGGAUUUGAAGUCGGAGGUGAAGAAGGAAGAGAUGGAGCAGACUUGUAGUGCUUACUGGUCCACGUUGGCGCCAAAUGUGGAGGAUUAUAGUGGGACGGCUGCAAAGUUAAUUGCUGCGGGUUCAGGACAGCUUGUUAAGGGGAUUCUGUGGUGUGGAGAUGUUACCAUGGACAGAUUGAAGUGGGGCAAUGAGGUUUUGAAGAAGAAGAUGGAACCUGGUACCGAAAAAGAAGUUAGUCCUGAAACUUUGAAGAGAAUAAAAAGGGUUAAGAAGGUCUCACAGAUGACAGAGAAAGUGGCAGGAGGAAUUCUUUCUGGUGUUCUGAAGGUUACUGGGUACUUCACAAGUUCGGUUGUUAAUUCUAAAGCUGGCAAGAAGUUCUUCAGUCUCAUGCCUGGAGAAAUGGCACUCGCUACUUUGGAUGGAUUUAGCAAGAUCUGUGAUGCUUUCGAAGUUUCAGGAAGGAAUGUAAUGUCAACCUCGUCAACUGUGACAACGGAACUCGUCUCCCACAAAUAUGGAAAAGAGACGGCAAAGGCAACAAAUGAAGGGCUGGAUGCUGCAGGUCAUGCAAUAGGAGCUGCAUGGACAGUUUUCAAACUUAGACAGGCAAUGAAUCCAAAAAGUGUCGUAAAACCUACUGCCCUCUCAACCGUUGCUAUCAAAAAUGCAACCGAAGAGAUGAAGAAUAAAGCCCUUAAGGAUGUCAAAGCUAAAAAUUCGCCCAAAAGUUCACCCAAAAAAUCCAAAUGA